AUGCCAAUUGAAGAAAUCAGUCAUAUCACCGAAGAUGUUUUAUCUUACAUGUGUACAUUAGCCGUUCAAAAAUGUUCUAAAAAAUCAGAAAAGAAAAAAGCUGCAUGUGGUGGGGAAGCUAUGAGAAAAAGAUUAUUAAUAAAAAAUUUUGUGGCUUUUCUUCUUAAACAAGAAACAAUUUUGAAACAAAAAAAAGAAAAAAUGAUAAUAGAUGAUAGUAAAGCUAAUGAAACAGAGGAAUAUGAUUUUGAUGAAGAAUCAUGUACUGAUGGAUACAUUGGAAAUGAACAUCUAGGUCUUUAUGGUAGUAGUGAUUCUUCUAAUCACCCUCAUCCUGAGUUGGAUGACGAGGAGAUUGAUGAGGAUAGUUAUGAGGAUGAUGAAAAACGUCUGUUGUCGGAUGAUGAAAUGUCUGAAAAUUCCUGUCCUGAAGUCCAUGAUUCUAUGUUUAAUUUUGGUAAUUAUAUGGAUGGGAAUAAUGUUAUGUCUGAUAACUGGGAAGAUACUAACAAAUUAACUGGACACAAAUAUCCAUUUUUAUUAUCUGGAGAAGAAAAUCAUGAUCAAUUUUCAUCUCCAUAUUCUUGUAUGACAAGUUCCUAUAAUGAUCGUACUACUAUUCAUGUUGAUAAUAAUUCUGAUUGCCUAUUUGAUGAUCUCUCAGUAAAUGAUAAUUUAGGAACUAAAAAUACAGUAUUUGAAGAUGAUUCUGGUUUUUAUAAAAAACAAGUGAAAGAUGAUUAUUCCUUAAAUAAUCUUGAGAAUAUAUCUUAUUCACCACCAUGUAUGUCUCCUUUACGAACUUCUAAUUGUCGAUUCGAAGGAUCAUUCCGUCGUUUAUAUACGGAUCUUGAUACAAUGAAUACUGUAGUCGAAGAAGGAAAUUAUAUGUUGAAUGAGAGAAUUGAUGAAAAUUUAAAUGUGCAAACGGAACAUCUUCAUGAGGAUUUUUCUAAUAAUAUUAAUAUAAAUUCAAAUUAUUCUAAUUUAACGGAUUUUGAUUCGGAGUUUUCUUCUCCGAUUCCCCAAACUCGGAAAAGGUCAAUGAGUGAACGUUUUUAUACAGAGGACGAUUACACUAUUGGCAAUUCUUCUCUUAAUUAUAUGAUGCUCAAUUCCUCUCCAAAGAGACUUAAAUUUUUGAUAAGGAUUUCUUUGUCAUAG